AUGGAAAUGAAUGGUGAACCAGAUUUAGCUGGUAUUUUCAGCGCGGCUUUAAUGCCAUUGAAAGAUAUGAAAGAUGCAGAUAUUUUGAACCAGUAUGAAAUGAACAUGGCUGAUGGAAAUAUAACACCUGACGUUCUAGAACAUUUAUCUCAAAGAACUACACAGAACCAUAAAGAUGGUAUAUUUGGUGAAGAGUUUAGAAAGAAAGUUAGGGAGACAGAAGGAAGAGAACCUAUUGUACAUGACCUUGCAAACGAAAGUUUACAAAAUGUCAUAAAAACUUACUUUGCAGACAAUGAACCGAGAAGGGAUGAAUAUUUAAGAAAACUCAAAUGGACAGUACCAAAUGAAAUGUUAGUAUUGAAAAACAUGUUCCUUGACAAAAUAAAACCAACUACAGAAAUAAAUGACGCAAGACUGAAACAUUGGGUAAAAGCUUUCCCAUUCACAAAAGAUAUUGUUGGUAACAUGGAAAGAAAACCAGAAUGGCUACAAAAACAUAUAUUUGGAAACGAGCUUAUUCCAUAUGGACAAGCUCUGUUUGAAGAGCUUGAACCGGAAACUCAGGAAAGAGUCAUGCAAACAAUACGCGAAGACUCAAAUACAAACUAUGACAAAAUCUUUCUAGGAUAUAGGUUACCUGAGAUGGGCGACCAGAGCCCAAAGGCAAAAAGGACAUGGGAAAUUUACAACAUACUAGGUGAACAUGAGGCAAAGAUGCAACAACUUGAAGCAGAGGGCAAGUUACCAAAAGCGACCACCAAAGAAGAAGAGAAGAGUAGAACAAAGUGA